ACACAAUUCUAUUUUUAGUUGUAAACAUAAAGCAAAUGAAAAUAGUUUUGUGCUUGUUAAGUUACAUUUUAAUAUAAAUUUUUAUUAUUCACGAUGUCUGUUGAUCCGAGGGUAGGUUUAGAGUUGGAGAAAUUGAAUAACUCGUGCGAGAAAAUAAAUAAUUUAGAAGUAAAUCUCGACGAGCUAAAACGGACCUAUUCGGAAUUGCAAAAAACUAGUCAGGCAGAAAUCAAAUUGAUAAGCAAUAAAAUAAAAAAUGCAAUCGAUUUGGCUAAACCAUUUUAUGAAUCUCGAAGACAAACAAGUGAGUUGUUGAAAGAGUUGAAAACAGAUCAAGCGAAUCAUGAGCGAGCCAAAACGAAUCUUGCUGCUGCCAAAGAAAUGGUGUAUCUGGCAGAACAGAGUGUUACACAAAAUGCGCAAGAAGCUUGUGGUUUGGAUAUUGCGCUUCAAGAAAUGAUAAGCCAUGCUACGAGUCGAGUUAAUCAAUACACUGACGAAUGCAAUAGAAUGCAAAAUCGAUUAAGAGUCACUGAGCUUAAGUGCGAAAUGACAAAUCUCCAGUCAAGUAAAUUACAAACCCAACUCAAAAGCUUCAUAAAAGCAUCAAGGCCAUAUUAUGAGACUCGUGCUAACUACAAUGCCAAGCUGAGAAAUCUCAAAACAAAAAUCGUUGAAACGGAGAGAGAAGUUCAACAGGCAAAAGCAGCGUACAAUGAAGCAUUACAAAAUCUUGAAAAGAUUUCUGAUGAAAUUCAUAAACUGAGAGAAGAUCAAAAACUUAAUGAAUAUAAUGAAGAAAAUGAUACACCAAAGAAGAAUAAGACAUAUCUUUGCUAUCAAAACAGUCUGUCAGAUGAUUAUGAGCUUGUCGAUGAUGACGAUGAACCAACUCGUGACGAGGAUCAACAGAAAAAGGUGAAAAUUGUUGAAUGGUCUGAUAUACCAUUAAAUUCUAUGACAGACUCAGAGAGCUCGACAUCAAGUUACUCCCAACAUUCUGAUCAGAACGAUGGUGAAGCAUCAGGAUCGAAAGUUCCUAAAGAAGAUGAAGAUGAAAAGAAACAAUCAGGCAGUGGAUUCAGUGAUUGGAUAUCAAAAUCAUCAUUCAGACGACAAAGUCUCGAAGAUGUUUUCGCUCAAAGCACUAUAUUUGGAAAAUUUGGUCGGUCGCUUGAAAGACGAAACUCUGAAUCAGAAGUUGAAACAUCAACAUCAUCAAAUAAAAAAGAAUUCUUCCUUUUUGGACGUCAUGAAGGCCUGACUGACAGUCAAAUCGAGAAUUUGUUCUUACCUCCGGAACAUCUUUAAACGGAAUGCAAUAAAUCGUGUGCAAUCGAUGACACUAAUUUAGCAAUUGUGAAACUUUAGAAUAGCAAUCCAUAAAUAAAAAUAUGCAGUAUUUUGUUGAAAC